AAAUGGUCUUACUGGCCUCGAACCUUCCAGUCUUCUCCUCAUUCUCUGGACAAGUUGAAAUCAUUUUCUUUUUCCUGGAAAUGUUUAUGCUGCCAGGAAAGCGCAUAAAGAAGUUUAGUUUCACUUUUGUUUCCUGCAAAUACAUAACUUUCCUUCUUUCUGUCCACGGGGCUCAUUCUGUCCACUGGAGGCUCUCCCCAUCCUCUGUUCUCCUUGAUGCUUUCCUGAAGGAAGCGCAGACUGGUGCAGCUGGUGGUGACUGUGCUUUGGGCUGCAGUGAGAAACAGACUCAGUAGUUUCUACUUCUUGGAUCUGAUCUUCCCCAGUAACUGCCAUGGAUCUCAUCUCAGCCUUCCUGAAGUGUGCUUCAGAAAAGAAUUUCCAACAAUUAGCUAAGGAGUUUCUGCCUCAGUACUCUGCAUUAAUCAGUAAGGCAGGAGGCAUGCUCUCUCCAGAAACUCUGGAUGCUAUUCACAAAGCCCUCCAGGAGGGAAAACUCUCUGAUGUCAUGAGCCAGAUUCAGGAAGUGAUUAGUGCUGCAGAGAAUGCUGUCCUGGAGGUGGCUGUGAUCGGGGAGGCUGGGACUGGCAAGUCCAGUUUCAUAAAUGCCCUUCGAGGGGUGGGUCACGAAGCAGCGGAAUCUGCUGACGUUGGGACCGUGGAGACCACUAAGUGCAAAACCCCCUAUCAACAUCCAAAAUAUCCCAAGGUGAUCUUCUGGGACCUGCCUGGGACCGGGACACCCGAUUUCCACACUGACACUUAUCUAGACAGAGUGGGAUUUGCCAACUAUGACUUCUUCGUCAUCAUUUCUUCUUCCCGCUUCAGCCUCAAUGAUGCUCUCCUGGCUAAGAAAAUCCAGGAUGCUGGGAAGAAGUUCUACUUUGUUAGAACCAAGGUGGACAGUGACUUAUAUAAUGAAAAGAAAACCAAACCCACAACUUUCAAGAAGGAGAAUGUUCUUCAGCGUAUUCGAGACUAUUGUCUGGAUAAUCUCAUGGAUAUUGGAGUGACUGCGCCACACAUCUUCCUGAUCUCCAACUUUGAUCUGGGUAGUUUUGAUUUCCCAAAGCUGGAGGAGACUCUGCUGAAGGAGCUCCCUGGGCACAAGCGCCAUAUGUUUGCCCUGCUCUUGCCCAAUAUCUCUGAUGUUUCCAUUGAGCUAAAGAAGCAUUUUCUUCAGGAGAAGAUCUGUCUAGAGGCCCUGAAGUCGGCAGCUGUGUGCUUCAUCCCCUUUAUGACCUUCUUUAGCGGCUUUGAUUUGGCUCAACAAGAACAGUGCUUGAAGGAUUACCGAAGCUAUUUUGGCUUGGAUGAUACAUCUAUUAAAGAGAUUGCUGAAAACCUGGACACACCCUUGGAAGACAUCAAGGGCGAACUCAAGUGCUUGGAUUUCUGGUCCCUUGCAAAGGAUGACAAUAUAAUAGCACAAGCUAGGAGAGCUGCUGAAGCUUUUUAUGCCGUGAAUGGAGGCCCUGGAUCUUCUGUCUUCCAGGCUUUAAAAGUCUACUAUCGGCGCACACAGUUCCUUAACAUGGUGGUUGAUGAUGCUAAACAUCUCUUGAGAAAGAUGGAAAAAGCAAAUGUUGCCUAGCUCAACAGCAAAUGGAUUUCAGGGCUUGUGUGUCCAAAUUGGCAACGGGGUUGGUUGUCCUUCCACCAAACUCCCAGGCCAGCUCUUCUCUAAGUUCCACAGAAUUGUAUCCCAUGGAGGAAGUUCAUUGCUUCCCUUUAGAGAUCACUACCAUGCAUGAAUUGUUUUUGCUCACACCCUGUUUUCUGUGUCCAUUGAUUUAUUAUUCUUGAUUUUAGCCAGCAAUAGCAUACAAUCUGCCUCUGGGUGAAGAGAUAACCUGUUUCUGAUCCAUUUACACCAAUAAAAAAGUUUGUAAU